AUGCAGGUGAAUUUAAUACGACAAAUUCCUACAAACGAGAAAGAGCCUUUAAAUGCUAUAAAAUAUAACUCAACUGGUAAUUAUCUGCUGUGCGCCGGCAAUGAUCGUGUAGUCCGCCUAUUGAACUCAAAAACUGGUGCGUAUAUAAGAGAGUACAUGGCUCAUAGCUUCGAGGUUAUGGAUUUGGAUAUAGUCACCGAUAGUACUAGGUUCGCGAGUUGUGGAGGCGAUCGUUUUGUUCAUGUCUGGGAUGUUUCCACCGGAAAAGUAAUCAGGAAAUUUGGUAGUCACCUUGCUCGUGUUAAUACUGUGCGCUACAAUGAAGAUUCCUCAAUCUUAGCUAGUGGAUCCUUCGACUCAAAGGUGCGUCUAUGGGACUGCAGAUCAAACUCUAGUAUUCCGGUGCAAGUUUUGAAUGAGGCCAAAGACAGCGUUUCGACAAUUGAUAUUAAAGAAGACCAAAUAAUCGCAGGAUCUACUGACGGCAAUAUACGAACUUACGAUGUUCGUAACGGAAAAAUACUUACUGAUUCAUUUACAAAUCCAAUUACUUCAAUAUGGACGUCUAAAACAGGAGCUUUCGCUUUAGUUUCGGUUUUACACAAUUCUAACCACCUUUUGGAUUUAGAAACUGGUGGUAUCCUAAAAAGCUAUUCCGGAAAGAAAAAUACAAACUAUCGACUUCGAUCUUGCCUUGAUUAUAUGGAGCACUAUGUCAUUAGUGGAAGUGAAGAUGGGAAGAUUUUGAUAUGGGAUAUGGAAUCUGGUGAGCAAUUAACGUCCAUAUCAACUCCCAAUAUGUCUAUCGUUAGUGAUAUCGUAUCUCAUCCUUCUUCAGAUUCUUUCGCUGCAACCACCACUCAUGGUGAUGUCUUGGUUUACCAGUGUCUCAAGACGUAG